AUGCAACUCACCGACCAGAAGGGGUCUAUAAAACCCACCUCAAUAGCCCAAGCGAAGACGAAGAGCCCGACUGCCUCUUCCACCACAACUACUAUUGGGGCUCCUACCGCGGCUAGGACGACGGUCAAUAUCAACGUUGGCAACACUACCGAAGCUGCCAACGCCGACGAGACUGCCAACAAUGCCAGCACCGUCAACACUGUCGACAAUGCUAGUACUACCAGCGCCACCCCGCCAUCGACGAGAGCGUAA